AUGUUUAGAAAUAUUCAGCAAAUUUUCAUUUUUGGGUGAACUUACACACUAUUCUCUCUAACCCCAAACAUUGUAACAUCUCUUUGCGGGCCUCUGGUGGUCACAAGAACCUGAGCUGACAGCGAAAGUAAGGCACUAACCUCACAGCUCUAGGACCCUGCAGCAUGCUGCUCUGGAGGUGUCAGCACUCUCUCGUGCCGGGGCAGGACACCUACUCCGACAGACUCUUGAUCAAUUAUUUGUAUGCAAGUGUCUAUCCAGAGGGUCAGUCUGGAGAUGGCUGCGAAUCGGGUGGGGAGGCGUAGUAACAAUAAGACCCACUCACCGAACCGAGGCACCAGCCAGGAAGCUGGACUGAGUGUGCAGAAGAGACAAGCCAGAGUCACAGUAAAAUAUAACAGAAAGGAACUCCAGAGGCGCCUGGAUGUGGAAAAAUGGAUAGAUUGUGGACUUGAUGAGCUGUAUUUGGGAAGGGAAGAUGAUAUGCCAGAAGAAGUGAACAUUGACGAGCUACUAGAUCUACAAAGUGAUGAAGAAAGGAUGCAGAAGCUUAAGGACAUCCUUCAUACCUGCAGAAACAACACAGAAGCCUUCAUCAAAGAAUUGGUGAAUAAACUUCAUGGCUUGCAGAAACAAGAAGAUCUUCACAACGAUGGGAUUGAACAACCCCAGCUUCACAUCUUCCCUGAUCCCCAGGGCUCUCCUGACACUGAGAGAAACUGAGCACCUGCUCAAAAAUCUACAGCUCUUCAGUCUCCUGUAUCAAACAUGCUUCAUAUCAAGGCAUCAGAAGAAUAAAUUUGUCUUUUUAAUUUGUGAAGUAAAAAGAGGAAAACCCUAUAAAAAUUGCUUUAGGGUGGCCUAAAGCUCAGAGUAAAACUCUGACCAACCACUGCAUGGACCUAUGACAAGUUGUCUUUAUAAUUUUUAAAUUUAAAACAAUUAGAAACAUGUUCAUUUAAAUAAUUGUUUCUACCUGAUCCCUUAAAAUUGCUUUCAUUGGUAUAACCCAAUAUAGUCAUAUGUGUGUGUGUGUGUGUGUGUGUGUGUGUGUGUGUGUGUGUGUGUGUGUGUGUGUGUGUGUGUGUGUAAACUUAUUUGGCUUUAAUAAAAAGUUAAUUUAAUGAAUUUUAGGUCACCUGAGAAAACAAUUUGUUUAGUGCAUAACAGCCAAUAGUUUUUCAUUUGAAAUACUGACCCAUGUGAAGGAUUUUUCUCAUGACAUUUUUUUAAUAUUUUUAAUUUUUUAGAUUAUGCUGAACCCAUGAGUUUUUCCACAAAUGGACCAAAGACUUUUUGCAAGGUGCUUUUUAGAUUUCAGAUCCGUUACAGUAAUUUCCUGUUGUGUUGUUUAUGUAUUGUGUUGGAUUUUGCAGGAUUAAAUAAUUUUUGAAGAAAAAGUUUUGAAUUUAAUAUGCUUCAUUAAAUAUGACAACUUAAGCUUUUCCCCAGUAGAAAUGAAGGCUGGUUUGUGACAAAAAAAUAAGGUAUUGUUACUAUUACUACUAUAUGAACUACUCAAGCUUGUCAGAUUUAUUGUAUGUUUGAAGAAGACUCCACGUUUUGAAUGAAUUUUGAGUUUUCCUCUUCUAGCUCUGUAUUUAGUUUGUAUAAUUCACCAGUAUGUUUGUACAGUGGCAGAGGGACAGAAUUUUUAAUUGUUCUUUGCUUGUUUCCCUUGUUUGUUUUAUUUUCUAUUUAUAAUCAUAUAACACUGAGCAGUUUUUUAAAUAAAUAAAUAAUGGACUAUUUAUCUUUUGCUAUCUCUUAAGUUUAAAUGAAACAAAAGCACUCCAGCUAAAGAACACAUAAAUAAAUAAUGCUGUAUUUAGCCCAUUACAUCUUUGUGAAAUAAAGUUAUAAUAAAUCUA